UGCGGGCUCCUCCCUGACUAGGCCCCCGUCGCCGCGCGUUGCUGGGCAGAGCUGGACGCCGCCGGCUCCUCGGUCCCCGCCCUCCCUGGGCUGGGCCCUGGUCCUUCGCGGGCGGCCCUCUGCAGCCAUGGGCCCGGAGAUGGAACCGCUGCUCCUGGCCUGGAGCUAUUUUAGACGUAGGAAGUUCCAGCUCUGCGCAGACCUGUGCACGCAGGUGCUGGAGAAGUCCCCUUAUGACCAGGCAGCUUGGAUUUUAAAAGCACGAGCACUAACUGAAAUGGUGUAUGUCGAUGAAAUUGAUGUAGAUCAGGAAGGAAUUGCGGAAAUGAUACUGGAUGAAAAUGCUAUUGCUCAAGUUCCACGCCCUGGAACAUCCUUGAAACUCCCUGGGACGAAUCAGACAGGAGGGCCUAGUCCAGCUGUCAGGCCAGUCACUCAAGCUGGAAGACCCAUUACAGGUUUCAUUCGACCCAGCACACAAAGUGGAAGGCCAGGCACUAUGGAACAGGCCAUUCGAGCCCCCAGAACCGCCUACACGGCUCGCCCUAUCACCAGCUCGUCUGGAAGAUUCGUCAGGCUGGGGACGGCGUCCAUGCUUACAAGUCCUGAUGGGCCUUUUAUAAAUUUAUCUAGACUGAAUUUAACAAAAUAUGCCCAGAAACCUAAGUUGGCAAAGGCUUUGUUUGAGUAUAUCUUUCAUCAUGAAAAUGAUGUUAAGACUGCCUUGGACCUGGCUGCCCUUUCCACAGAGCAUUCUCAAUACAAGGACUGGUGGUGGAAAGUGCAGAUUGGAAAAUGUUACUACAGGUUAGGAAUGUAUCGUGAAGCAGAAAAACAGUUUAAAUCAGCCCUGAAGCAGCAGGAAAUGGUAGAUACAUUUCUCUACUUGGCAAAAGUUUACAUCUCAUUGGAUCAACCUGUGACUGCUUUAAACCUUUUCAAACAAGGCUUAGAGAAGUUUCCAGGAGAAGUCACCCUACUCUGUGGAAUUGCCAGGAUCCAUGAGGAGAUGAACAACAUCUCAUCGGCCUCCGAAUACUACAAAGAAGUUUUGAAACAGGACAAUACUCACAUAGAAGCCAUCGCGUGCAUUGGAAGCAACCACUUUUACUCCGAUCAACCAGAAAUAGCCCUCCGGUUCUACAGGCGACUCCUGCAGAUGGGGGUUUAUAACUGCCAGCUUUUCAACAAUCUGGGGCUCUGUUGCUUCUAUGCCCAGCAGUAUGAUAUGACUCUGACCUCAUUCGAACGUGCCCUUUCUCUGGCUGGAAAUGAAGAAGAGGCAGCCGAUGUCUGGUACAACCUGGGACAUGUGGCCGUGGGAAUUGGAGACACGAGUUUGGCCCAUCAGUGCUUCAGGCUGGCUCUGGUCAACAACAAUAACCAUGCCGAGGCCUACAACAACCUGGCCGUGCUGGAGAUGCGGAAGGGCCACGUGGAACAGGCAAGAGCACUGUUACAAACUGCAUCAUCUUUAGCACCCCAUAUGUAUGAGCCGCAUUUUAAUUUUGCAGCAAUCUCUGAUAAGAUUGGCGAUCUGCAGAGAAGCUAUGUGGCUGCUCGGAAGUCUGAGGCAGCAUUUCCAGAUCACGUGGACACCCAGCAUUUAAUUAAGCAGUUAAAGCAGCACUUCGCUAUGCUCUGAUUGUUCCUUAGACCAAGUGUAUUUCUAUGGUGGGGCAUUAUAUAGGGGAAAAGUAGUAUCUGUUUACAUAUGUAAUACACACCUGUGCUUGAUAUUAGUGAAGAUGACAUGAGGGAGUUUAAAUAAGAAUAUAAAUUAAAACUUUUAUAAUAGCUUUAUAAUGUUAUAAAAGACAGGAUUUCAGCAUUUGUAAGUAGAUCAUGAAGCCUUAGCCCCACAUUAUGUGGUAGAUGUUUAUAUUUAUAAUGUUUAUAAACCAUUUUCAUGAAUUUUCUAAAAUUUUUAUAAAUGCACAUUUUAAUGUUCUUAAGCUUGCCAUUAGCUAGCAUGUAGCUUAAGAGGUCUGAAAUUUGCCUUUAAAAUUGCACUUUUAUGGCUAAAAGUAUGUAUAUUUACAUAAUUAGAGACUUUAUUUAAAGCUUAAAUAUUGUAUUUAAACUAUCAAAUGCUUUGUGAGAGGCUCUACAUUUUCUUAUACAUUAUGCUUUAAAAUAAAUCAGUGUGUAA